CCUCUUUAGCUCCACCUGAGGACAGACGAGACAACAGCUCAGCUCAGAGUCACUGCACAACACAGAAGGAGACAUGGUGUCAAUCAAAGCUACAGCGAUGGGGAUCACACUCCUCACCUUUUGUCUGCUGAUCACAGACACAUCAGCAGUCCGUACCGGAUGUUGUCGAAGUUACACGAAAGGCAAAAUACCAUUUUCUGCAAUCAAGGGGUACUCAGUUCAGACUCACACAGGGUUCUGUGACAUCAAUGCCAUCAUUUUCCACACAAGGAAGGGUCAAGCAUGCACCAAUCCUGGUUUGGACUGGGUGAUGACCUAUGUCAACCGCUUAAGGCAAAAAGCACAAAAGGUUCACCUGGAGACCUCGCAAGCGCAGAAAUAGAGUUAUUCUGCUUUUUGAAGAGAGAGGGUGGAGAAAACCUGCAGCAAAAAAGAAUAAUUAUGUUUUUUUAUGUUUUAUAUGUCUCUUUGCCUGUUAUUCAGUAAGCAGUGAUGUUUCACAGAGAAAUGUAUAAUAUUAUUUCUAUUUUUUUUAUAUUGUUUGUUUAUAUAAGAUCUUAUAUUUGUAUAUAUUGUAAUCUUGUAAUAUAGAAGGAUUAAAGUUUUGUUAUGA